GCCGGGGAUUCCAGAUCCGGAUGGAAAAUGGAGUGAGGGAGUUGGGGAGACGCUGGUAAAUGGGGAAAUGGUGCGAGAGGGCCCGGCAGGUGGAGAAUCGAGGAGAGUGACGGGGGAGUGAGCAGCGCCGAGGUGGGUCCGCAGAGCAAGCGAUCGAGGAUACAGUGAAAGGAGGGGGCGAAGAUGGCGGUGCCCCCAAAUCGAAGACUAUUUGUGCGCCUGUUUGGCUACUGGAAGCCCCUGUUCAGUGGCAGAUUUCUGCUUUUAACCAACACCGUUAGCUGUGGGGGUCUGAUGGCAGUGGGCGACAUUAUCCAGCAAACCCGGGAAAUGCGGCGGAACGCUACCUACCAGCGGGAUUGGUCUCGGACAGGGCGCAUGUUUGCCACUGGUUGUAUAAUCGGCCCCUUUGGGCACUUCUGGUACAAGGCACUGGAUGGGCGGUUCCCGGGACGGACCGCGACCGUGGUGUUGAAGAAGGUGCUGCUGGACCAGCUCAUUGCUUCACCCAUCUUCGGCUUCAUCUACUUCUUUGGAAUGGGAACGUUGGAAGGUCACAGUGCCGCGGAAUGCGUGAGAGAAUUCAGGAGCAAGUUCUGGGAAUUUUACAAGGCGGAUUGGAUGGUGUGGCCUGCCGCACAGAUAAUCAACUUCUAUUUCCUCUCUCCGAAGUACCGCGUCCUGUACGUGAAUUUUCUAACCAUCGGAUGGGACACUUUCCUCUCUUACCUUAAGCACGAGAUCCCACCUGAGCAAGUGGCCUUGUUGGAGGAGACCGAUAUUUCAAAGGGGCAGGGGACAGGACUGGGAUCUGCGGAAGCUGAGCAGUAACACUGUCUUGGGGCCUUAGCUGGUGGACGAGGCCUGGAGCCUCUCCGGUGUCAGUUGGCCAAUGUAAACCAGUCGCACUUUCCCUAUUGCUCCACCUCAGGAAGAAUUGCUGUAUUUCUGGUUGUAGUUAUUUUUCAGAGCUAUUUUUACCAUUCUGAAUUAUUUGACAAAUUAAAUUAUAUUUUAAGUAUGCA